GCCACGGGGGUUCUUGUGAGACUGGGUUACCCCAUAUUGGUUCACAUCACCUCAAAGCAUUAAAUAAACAUAUAUACGUCAACUGCUGUGUGUAUUUUAUGAGUCAAAUUUAUUUUCUUCUGUGAAUUACAACUCUCAAAUCAUUUCCAGAUUUGCUUAGUUUACCAAUUAACAUGGUAGCUGUCUUCAACAAAGAGCUCCUGAGUUGGUACCUAAUCACACUCAAACUCAGGGAAACUGUGGAAUCUGGACUCCCUAGAUUAUCUACAGGCACCAACAAAUCCCUUGACUUGGCUCAAGUCCAUGAACAUCAUUUGCACAAACAACAGCAGCAUCAACCAUCUGAUUGCUUGCAGGUCCCAAUCAAUGCAGGUGAUGAGAAUUGCCAAGAAGCCGACACUCCGCCCGAGUCUGAGUGGAUCAUAUCGAUCAAAGAAAAGUUGGAGCAGGCUCGCCAAGAUGACGCAGCUGGUUCAUGGGAAAGGCUGAGCAUCUAUAGAGUUCCCCACUAUCUAAGAGAAGGUGAUAUCAAAUCUUAUGUCCCUCAAUUUGUUUCCUUAGGACCUUACCAUCAUGGCAAGAAACGCCUACGCCAAAUGGAUCAGCACAAGUGGCGCUCCCUUCACCGUGUCUUGAAGCGUACAAAUCAGGAAAUACAAGUUUUCCUUGAUUCCAUGAAGGAACUUGAAGAAAGGGCUGGAGCCUGUUAUGAAGGAACCAUCACUCUUAGCAGCAAUGAGUUCGUCGAAAUGUUGGUUCUCGAUGGCUGCUUCAUGCUCGAGCUUUUUCAAGGCGCUGCCGUAGGAUUCCAACGUCUUGGAUAUGCCAGAAAUGAUCCUGUUUUUGCAAUGCGUGGCUCGAUGCAUGCUAUUCAUAGAGAUAUGAUAAUGUUGGAGAACCAGCUUCCACUCUUCGUGCUUGAUAGGCUACUGGGGAUUCAACUUGGUGAGCCUGACCAAAAGGGAAAGGUUGCGAAAUUGGCGAUCAGAUUCUUUGACCCUUUAAUGCCAACGGAUGAGCCAUUAACAAAGAGUGACAUGAGCAGAUUGGGAUCCUCUAUGAGGCAUACAGACACUUUCGACCCUUUUUCCGAUCUUGGUGGCCUUCAUUGCCUUGAUGUUUUCAGAAGAAGUCUCUUAAGCUCUGGCCCCAAACCCGUACCUCGAAACUGGCUUAAGAAAAGAUCGAAUGCCAUCCGCGUUGCCGAUAAGCGAAGACAACAGCUAAUCCAUUGUGUGUCAGAGCUCAGAGAGGCUGGUAUUAAAUUCAGAAAGAGGAAGACCGAUCGCUUCUGGGACAUUAAGUUCAAGAACGGGAUUCUUCGCAUUCCUCGUCUCUUGAUUCAUGAUGGAACCAAAUCCCUCUUCCUCAAUCUGAUAGCAUUUGAGCAAUGCCGUAUUGAUUGCAGCAAUGAUAUUACUUCCUAUGUGAUAUUCAUGGACAACUUGAUCAACUCACAUGAAGAUGUGGCAUACCUGCAUUACUUUGGCAUUAUCGAGCAUUGGCUCGGCAGUGAUGCAGAAGUCGCCGACCUUUUCAACCGUCUCUGUCAAGAGGUUGUUUUCGAUAUCAAUGACAGUUAUCUUUCCCAAUUGUCUGAAGAUGUGAACAGAUACUACAACCAUAAGUGGAAUGCUUGGCGUGCAGCCUUGAAACACAGAUACUUCAACAAUCCUUGGGCCAUCGUCUCAUUCUUUGCCGCUUGUAUAUUGCUGGUGCUUACUUUUGCUCAGACCUUUUAUGGCGUUUAUGGAUAUUACAGGCCAAGUUCUUGAAUACAGUAAGGUCCUCUUAUAAUCCCUCUACUAUUUUGAAGAGAUUGCAAUACAUCAAAGAUUUCUAUUCAUUUAUUCAAUCAUUAGGCGAAGCAACCUUAUUCUUUAGGCAAAAUGUGAUGGUUCACAGUAUGUCUUUGUAUUAGCAAAUACUCAAUACAAAAGGAUGCAGCGACAAUACCAUUGUUGGUUUGAUUGUCUAGUAUCAGCCAUUGAAGUUUAUCCAUCUUCAAUAAUUUGCAUCUUUUUUUUCUUUUC